UUUUUUUCCAAGAAAAUAAUGGGAGGAGUACAAAGCUCUGAACAAGGACAAUAUGGUUUCCAUGUCUUGAAAGUCAAGGAAAAUUCACCUGCAUUUCACGCAGGUAUUGAACAGUUUUUUGAUUAUAUUGUCAGCAUCAAUCAUAUUCCACUGAAUAAUGGAGAUAGUCAAGUGUUAAUAAAAGAACUUGAAGGAAAUGAAGAUAAGCCUGUGCCCAUUGGCAUUUAUUCUAGUAAAGAACAAGCAUUUCGAGAGGUUAGUUUAACGCCAAGCAAAAAGUGGCAUUCAGAUCCAAAUGAAAAGAGCUUGAUUGGUUGUUCCAUUCGAUUCUGUUCAUUUGAACGUGCUGGAGAGAAUGUAUGGCAUGUACUCGAUGUUGCACCUAAUUCACCUGCUGAAAUGGCAGGUAUCAUUCCUCACUCUGAUUAUAUCAUUGGAAGUCCACAUAUGACACUGAGAAGCGAAGACGAUUUUUAUGCCCUUGUGGAAGAAUAUCUCGGUAAACCACUAAGACUGUACCUUUAUAACUCAGAAUGGGAUAGUUGCAGAGAGUGUAUAAUCAUACCUAAUCAUGAAUGGGGAGGAGAGGGGUCCCUGGGAUGUGAUGUAGGAUAUGGAUUGUUACAUAGGAUACCAAGUAAGAAGAAACAUGAUGAGGACGUAGCCAAGGAUACACCUUUACCUGAAUCACCUAUUGAACAAGCAGAGCCAUAAUUGCUCUUGUAAGAGUUUAUUAAUAAACAAUUAUAUUCGGUUAAACAGUUGAUCUGAAUUUGAAGCUGAAGAUGUAAUAAUGAUAAUCCGCAAAAUUGAAUGAAUUGCAUUAAUUUUAAAAAGGGAGACCAAAGAGAGAGAUAAUUUAGGGAAUUUAUGCAUCACAUCAUACACU